UUAUAGCAACCUGCCCCUACUUACUUGCUGUGAGUUCCUUCCCUGGCACCACUUGUCAAGCGACCUCUAACCUCUUAUAAACCGAUUAAUCAGAGGCGAUUGGUGACACUGGCUAAUUAGCAAAUGAAGUAUGCGAGGGCCGCGUCGAGACGUUGGGCCUUAGCCCAUCACGGUUAUCGGCUGGAAAAUCACCCCUUUGUUUAUCGCAAACCGAGGACUUUGUAUGCAAAUCCUCGGGGACAGGGGCUCGAAGCUCCAGUCUUCCGCCCUCGGUCGUGGUUUCGGACUUUUCGGAACUUUUGUUUAUCGAGCUGCUUUUGUUUUCGCAUCCAGAGUGGGGGAGUGAGUAAUACUGCGUUCCAUAAACACACUUUCGGCGUCUGUGACUCCGACUCGUUGUGCUUAUGAUUCGGCUAGUGGUUCUGGAUGCCUCGCUCCGGGCACAGUCCUACUUGGGCCGUCGAAUUGCGGAAGCUUCAAUCGUUUUUAAUGAGCUCGGCGCGCUGGCACAGAAAGCCCACUCUGUGCAGGCGUCUUCGUGGCGGAAGUACCCUCGGAUCUUCGGCUGUGCUCCCUUUUCGGGUGGCAGGCAGUUUGUGCCAUCACAAGCUGAUUGCCGAGGACCGGAACGGAACGAGUGGAAACUGAAACGGGAGACAACCAACACGCACAUGUGACGGAGCCACUGCACACACUCGGCCCGCUUGAAUUUCGCCUGACAAAGGGCGGGAAAGACACGGAGUUAUAUAAUCGCCGGC